AUGGCUGGUUUUCCCAAAUUCUUCAAAGCAUCCUCAAAACGAGACGGAACUGCGAAACCCCCACCCUCUCCCGGGGGCAAUGUCACGGAUGCGGAGCCCUGUCAAGCUUCUGAGCCUUCUCCCACUGAGAACAGCCAUGAGACAAAGCCUCCCAGCGUCACAAAUGACUCCGAAAUUCAGGGCUCGCAAGAUCAGCAUCAAUACCCUACCGGCAUCAAGCUCGUCUUAAUUCUAUUCUCGCUUAUGACUAGCACCUUCCUUAUUGCCUUGGACCGUCUCAUCAUCGCAACCGCCAUCCCCCAAAUCACGGAUGACUUCCACUCAGUCACCGACGUCGGCUGGUAUGGUAGCGUCUACCUACUCGCCAACGGUGCUCUCCAGCUCACUUACGGCAAGCUGUACACUUUCUGGAACAUUAAAACCGUCUUCAUCGUCACUGUGAUACUUUUCGAGAUCGGUUCAGCAAUAUGUGGUGCCGCAACCGGGUCUGUCAUGUUCAUCAUCGGUAGGGCCAUUGCCGGCGUUGCUUCUGCAGGUCUUUUUUCCGGAUCGGUCGUCAUCCUAGUCAACUCAAUGCCCCUCCAAAAACGCCCCCUCGCCCAAGGCCUAUUCGGGGCCGUCUUCGGCAUCGCCUCCGUCGCCGGCCCUCUCCUCGGCGGCGCCCUCACCACCCACGCCACAUGGAGAUGGUGCUUCUAUAUCAACAUUCCCUUUGGGGCCGUCGCUAUUGCGGUCAUCUUCUUUCUCCUCAAGGUUCCUCCGACGCAUGCUCAGGUACCACAGCUAGAUGAUACGACCGAGUCGGGUGAGGUCGCCGCGGGCGAAAAGCCGCAUAGGUCUCGAAUGUGGGCGAAGGUGAGGCAGUUAGACUUUGUCGGUAUGAGUGCCUUUUUGCCUGGGAUCGUGUGUUUGCUCCUCGCGUUGCAAUGGGGAGGUGUUGUGCAUGCUUGGGAUAGCGCUGUCAUAAUAGCACUUCUUGUCGUUGCCGGAGUCCUCCUGAUAGCCUUCGUCAUCAUCCAAGUUCUCCUCCCAGAAACAGCAACAGUGCCCCCGCGUAUCAUCACCUCCUCCCGCACCAUGGCCACCGCCACCUUUCUGACUUUCUGCAUGGGUGCCCACAUGAUGAUAAUGGUCUACUUUCUCCCCAUCUGGUUCCAAGCCAUCCAAGGUUCCUCGGCCUUCCAAUCAGGCCUCAAGACCCUGCCCCUCACACUCUCCCUCAUCAUCGGCGGCAUUGCUUCCGGCGGCGUCAUCUCCAAAACGGGCCCAUACCUCCCGUCUUUGUUCACUGGCGUGCUUCUCACCGUAGCCGGUGCGGCCCUCCUCAUGACACUCAAGCCGGACUCCCCCUCCAAGGAAUGGAUAGGCUAUCAGGUGCUCUACGGCUUCGGCCUCGGCUUCUCCUUCCAGGUUCCGAAUAUUGCCGCGCAGACUGUCCUACCACACAGGGACGUGCCCGUCGGUACCGCUCUCGUCAUCUUCGGCCAGCAGCUGGGAGGCUCCGUCUUCGUGUCUAUCGGGCAGAGCGUUUUCUCGUCGGAGCUGUUGAAGCGGUUAUCUGGUAUAGAAGGGUUCGAGACCGAUGUGUUACGUAAUACGGGAGCUACGACUUUGGCUGGCUCUGUGCCUGCGGAAUUGAGGGACCAGGUGUUGAACGGGUAUAAUGGGGCUCUGAGUAGGGUGUUUAUGGUGGGACUUAUUGUGGCGUGUGUGGCUGUUUUGUUUGCGCUGUGCAUGGAGUGGAGGAGUGUUAAGGAGAAGCAGAAGGAUGGGGAGAAGGGAGUCGGGGGCGAGGACAAGGCCGAGGAGAAGAAGGUCGGGAAUAAGACAGCUGGGAAGACCCCAUCUACAAAAGGUGAGGUCUAG